GCGGUGGCUUCCCCCGGGCCCUAGCGCCUGGGCCUGAGAGGAGGAGGAGGACGAGAAGACGGAGGAGAUAGAAGAUGAGGAAGAAGCCUGGCCCCAGCCCACUGGAGGUUUUUGAAGUGUGUGAUGAAGAUAACAAAGGCUGUUUAAGCAGAGAGGACUUUAAAGUUGCAGGAGUACUGUUGUUUGGUUACAAGCCCUCAAAGGUGGAGGAGGAUGCAGUAAUGUCUUCUGUGAAACCAGAAAAUUCAGGUAUAUUAUUUGAAAAUUUUUUAGAUCUCAUGAGCGCAAGGAAAGCUGCACAACUAUACAAUGAAACAAGGCAAAUAUUCACAGCUUUUGAUGUGCAAAGUAGAGGGUUUUUGACUUUUGAAGACUUCAAGAAAACCUUCAAUUCUGUUUCUCCAAAAUUAUCUAAAAGAAUCGUACCUGAAACCUUCAGACAGGUUGAUCAGGAUUCUAAUGGUCGCAUAAGCUUCAAAGACUUUGAAUCUGCAAUGAAGUAUGGACAAGAUGAAGGAUCACCAUUGUACUUUGCUUAAAGUAUAGUGUCUAGUGAAGAGACAAAGUGAAAACUUUAGAUCUCAAGUUAUUUAAAAAUCAAUGAAACUUCAUUUGUUUCAGCCAGCAUUUUAAGAACUUUGACUGUAAGUGUAGCUCUGAAGAACAGCCUUUGAAGCUUUACUGUUGACAAGUUGGGUGUAUUAAUUUACAUGUGUAUGUGUGUGUAGAAUACUUAAAAUAUUUGAAAACUCAAUUGAUUCCCAGUCACCCUAGUUAGGAAUUGCAACUCUCUACUUUUUGGUUUUGACAACAUAUGGAAAAGGACUGACUGAUUUCCAAUUACUGUGAAAUUUAUUUUAUUUUUCAAAGUCCUUUGUUGACAGACCACAAUGCCUCACACAUGUAGAAGCAGAUAAAUUUAUGGUGGAUAAUGCCUGUUUUUUAAAAAAUCCAUAGUAUAUUUGUCUUUCCUUUAUUGUUUCCCCUUCUUAUAUUGUUCUUUAUUUUUAAUAUUACACCUCAUUUUUAAUUUAGCAUUUAUUUGUUAAUUGUCUAUCAAAUUUACUUCUGAGCAAUUAUGGAGAACUGUGUGGGUAUAAUAAAAAUAAUGAAGUAAAG